CAAUUCUAUUUAGAACAGAACAGCAAAGCUUUCGUCGUUUAAAAGAAGUUAAAACCUUUAUUAUAUCUCUCAUCUGCGGAAGAAACACGCUUGAGAGAUCUUGUUUCAAAUUCGAAGGAACCCUAAUUUCCCGAUCUGCAUAUUUUUUCCGGUUGAUCAAACAAGAGAGUUCCGAUUAGAACUGAUCGAGAUGGGUAAUACAGAUAAGCUGAUGAACCAAAUCUUUGAUUUGAAAUUCACGUCAAAGUCUCUGCAGAGGCAAGCUAGGAAGUGCGAAAGAGAGGAGAAGUCGGAGAAGCUCAAGGUCAAGAAAGCCAUUGAGAAAGGGAACAUGGAUGGUGCUCGGAUCUAUGCCGAGAACGCCAUUCGCAAACGCAGUGAGCAGAUGAACUACCUUCGUCUCUCUUCUCGCCUGGACGCUGUUGUAGCUCGGCUCGAUACCCAGGCUAAGAUGGCUACCAUCACCAAAUCGAUGACUAACAUUGUCAAAUCACUCGAAUCGACUCUUGCCACUGGCAACUUACAGAAGAUGUCAGAGACUAUGGAUUCGUUUGAGAAACAGUUUGUGAACAUGGAAGUCCAAGCUGAGUUUAUGGAGAAUGCAAUGGCUGGUUCCUCUUCAUUGUCGACUCCAGAAGGAGAAGUCAACAGCUUGAUGCAGCAAGUAGCAGAUGAUUACGGUCUUGAAGUUUCUGUUGGACUGCCUCAGCCUGCUGGUCAUGCCAUUCCUACCAACACUGAAGAGAAAGUUGAGGAGGACGAUUUAUCUAGGAGACUUGCCGAGCUUAAAGCCAGAGGAUAAUUAACUAACCUAACAAAAAAAUGUGUUUGGAUUCUACUUACUUAUAAAGAUGUUGAUGCUAUUAAUCCCUGAACGUAAUGGGAAUGUUUGUGUAAAUUAAAUUGCUCACCUUGGAAUAUGCCUUUGUUUAUAUUUAACCUUGAGUGUGCUUUUAAAAUGAGAAAUUUCAUUAAACUGCUCAA